GUGCUCCGACCGGUAGCGUAACCAAAAUAACAAUGUGCAACAUAUGUACACAUGACGUAACGUGCGUGAAGACGCCAACACCCAAACGGCAGACCGUCAGCAUCCUGGAGCGUUUCAAGAACAAACACAACAUUGUGACGGACCCCACCAAUCUGGAGAAGCAGAAGGAAGUGGAGUACCAGCCAGACCUGCUGGCGGUAUCCACGCAGUACACAAAAAUUGCAUACGAUGUGUUCAAGCAGUACUCGACGAAAGUGCAGGAGACUAAGGCGUUUACUGUCGUCACAAAGACUACGCAGCCUUUCCACAUAGCACUGGCAGCGGUCAUGCUCCUCACGUGGCUGAGUAAACCCAGUCCAAACGCUAGUAUACGGCUCUGGAGAGCUUUAUACGUAGGAGCAGUGGCCACGCAUCUCGGUGCACAGAUCUGGAUGACUCUUGUCUCUGGAAUCGUGCUGUACUUCACUCUCCCACGGCAUGACUUCGGACGUGUGCAGACUGUGCUAUUCCCUCUGUACUACGCGUUCAAUGCCGCGAUGAGCCUAAUAGGAUUGUUCGCAUACACCAGGACGCAGUACUUGUCUAAUUUUGAACACAUCAGCUGGGUACAGGUAGCACUGUUGCUAGCGAUGUUCAGUAUAGAAGCAUUCAUUCGACUGCGCCUCGUGAGGCCAAUGAUUCGCGCCAAACACAUCAAAACACAGAUGGAGGAAGCUGCCGGAGGUGGACAAGAAAUUGGUCAACUGAUUCUUGGUGAAUUGGCGCACUGUCCACGCUACAUGCGUAUUUUGAGAGUGUUCCGAAUGUACCACUCCAGCAUCGCUAUGGGUACCAUGAUUACCCUUGGUUGCUCAUUAUAUUCAACCAUGAUCCUCGUCGAUUCUAUAUGUACCUAAUAGACCAAUGUUACGACCUAAUUGUCUAUUACCAAGUUCAUUUUAAACUUUGUACGGUCUAUAUAUAGAAGUUUAAAGAUACAUCUACUGAGAUAUGAAUACAUUUGUCUGAUGUUUAAUGCUACUUGAAACGAGUGGAUGAUUUUAACGAGUGGGAUUUUUAGUCGAGAAUUCGAUUUAGUGAAGUUCCAUUUAUGAAUUUAUUAGAAAAAAUAUUGUUUUCUUUUUUUGUAUUUUUUGAACCAAGGACUUCAAUCUGUAUACUAUGUUAGACAUAGUAUUAAUUGUGCUUAUUAUAAUUCAAUUUCACACUCUAAAAUAGCUCGCAAAAUAGACAAAACUUAUAUUCUCUUGGAGAGAUACAUGGAACUCUAUUUAUAGUAUAUAUUGUAGACAGAUGU